AUGAGGCAAACAAUUAUAUCAAUUCUGAUGCUUAUAUUUUUAUCACGAUGGAAAUUACUCCAUGCACAUCUCUGCUUUGAUGGUUCUGACGCAGUUAAAAGACAUCGACCAUUGAAAUUUUGUUCUGAAUAUUCUGGUCUAGGAUGUUGUUCUACAAAGACAGAUAGUGCCAUCUGGAAUGAGUUUAAGAAUACUAAGACUAAAAUCCCAACCCAGUACUGGAGGACAUGUGAACAGUACUUGAAAAAGAUCUUUUGUGCAAAAUGCGAUCCGAAUUCGGGCCAUUUUUACAAUAUUUUUGGAUUAGAUAAUUUAGGAGAUUUCCCAGGACUCUGUAAAGGUUACUGUGAUCAACUAUAUUCGGAGUGCCGUGAAAUAAUUCCGUAUCUUACGAAUAAUACUCUCAUAUUGAAUGAAAUCGAGACGUCAGAUUCCUUCUGCUCAUUCGUUCAAUCUAUUGACCAACGAUAUUGCUUUGCUGGUACAAAUUUUGCUGUCAACAAAAGAAGCCAGAAAAAAGACCCAACUACUAAUCCUUGCUUGUGUUUGCAGCCAUUUGCAACAGGACUUAUCCUUCCCUCAUUUGUUAUUGGUGUGAAGGAUGACACACAUCGUUUAUUUAUUGGAGAUGCCCAUGGUGAAAUCUUCAUUUAUUAUCUAAACGGGAAGGCAGAAAAAGAACCUUAUCUAGACAUCUCUAAAUCAGUUGUGUUUAAAUAUGAUCUUGGUUUGCUGAACAUGGCUUUUCAUCCAAAUUUUAAUGAAAACAAAAAAUUCUAUGUGUUCUAUGGGACUGAGCACGAGACUGUGAAUGGUCGGCAGUCUACUGUUCGGGUGAGUGAAUUUAAACAAUCUUCUGAAAAUCCAAAUAUUGCAGAUCUGUCAACUGAAAGAGUAAUUUUAGAACUUGAUGAGCCGGUGAAAUAUCACCCAGGUGGUCAGAUAAUGUUUGACGAGAACGGCUUCCUGUUAGUAACACUUGGAGAUCUUAGCUUUCAACCUAUCGGGUCAACCUUGAAUACCUCUGAAAUGGCAGGUUCAGUCUUAAGAAUCGAUGUAGACGUAUACGAUGCCGAUGGUAGACCAUAUGGAAUUCCAGCCGACAAUCCAUUUGUUGGAGAUCCAGAUUUCCUGCCUGAAAUUUAUGCCUACGGUCUCCGAAGUCCUUGGAGGUGUGGACAGUAUGACGGAGAUCCUAGCUCUGGAGAAGGCAAGGGAAGAAUCAUAUGUGGAGAUGUGGGAUGGAAUAAGUGGGAAGAACUUGAUCUUUUAAAGAAGGGUGCAAACUAUGGCUGGAAUGUCUACGAAGGGCCAAAGUGCCGACAGAAAAAUAAAUGUGACAAGAUAGCCAACCUAGAACAGCCUAUACAUUCUUACCAUCACAGCCAAGGAAGUGCUGUAGUCGGGGGUUAUUUUUACCGAGGAUGUCAAAUUCCUAAGUUGACUGGGAAAUACGUGUAUGGGGACUUCACUGGAUGGUUGGCAACACUUUCACUCAAAUCUGAUCAAUGGAAAAGCGAAACCAUCAACUUCUGCACAGAUCUGUGUACAAAACCGCUAAAUAAUCAGAUUAACCAAAAAUUGAUCUCAUUUGGGGAAGAUGUUGAAGGUGAAUUAUACGUAUUAGAAGGUAGGUUUCCCAGAAGUAAAAAUAAAGAUGGAGUUGUUUAUCGCUUGGUAGAUCCAUCUAAGUCAUCUGAUUCCAGCUCCUGCAUAGCAACCAAUCGUUUAAAAAUAUUCCUGACAGAAAGCACACAAUUGCAGACUUCUACUUCAAUUCAGCGCCAUUCUUCAAUAAGACCUCAAAGAAAACAAAUGGAACUCUUUUCUACCACAAAAUCACCACCUUCUGGGAAGCAGUCUUUAUUUAGCAGCCUUAUGGAAAAUGUCCGAGGAUUUAUCCGUCGAUUCUUUAGGAAAUUUUUGUAAUGAAGUGUAGUGUUAUAGA